AUGGUGUCUUCACUCACUUCUUUGCUGGCCUGGGCUGCUGUCGUGGGAGCCUCCCCGCUUGUACGACAUCGGGCAGUUGACUCCCUCAAUGAAGAGGCCACGGCCGAAGCCCAUCAGAGGGACAAUGGUGCUACCCGGGCUUUCUCCAACGUUGAGAUCCGAACAUCAGACGGGAAAUGCCUUUUUGUUGACGAGCUGUCUGGAGAUUUCCGAGCCAACCUUACUCCCGUUCAGAUUGCGGACUGCGGUUCUACUGAUGGGCAGGGCUGGGACGUCAUCACUGCCGGCGCUCAUAUCAGAGGCGAUGGCGUGGCCCUCAUCGUGUCAUCCUUGACCAAUGCUUGCCUGAACUUUGAUUCGCGCCGACAAGCCGGGAAUCAGCUUCUGCUCUUCUCAUGCGGCGGUCGAGCGGAUGGAGGGGGUGAUGUGACUGACUCUCAGCUGUUUGACUUUGACGGCGGUGCCGGCCCGCUUUCACUGAGCCCUCAAAACGAAGGAGGAAACUUUUGCGCAACCGCAAGGGGGAACACUCUUGACAUUGCGAACUGUCAGAAUGGAGACGCCAGCCAGACCUUCACCAUUGGUGGUGGUGCCCCGGCUAGCGGCAACAACGGUGGUAACGGCGGUAACAAUGAUGACAACAACGGUGGGAACAACGGAGGCGAUGAAAAUGCUGGCAACGGUGGAAAUGGCGGAAAUGGUAGUUCUGGUAAUCCUAGCGGUACCUCCACCUCGAGCUGUACUAAAAGUACUCGAACAGUGACUGUUACUCCUACGACCGCACCUUCAGCUGCCCCUGCCCAGUCAACCACCACUGCCCCUGGUGCCGGGAACGGUAACAACAACGAUGGCAACAACAACGGCGGGAACAACGACAACAACGGCGGCAACAACAACAAUGAUAAUGGCAAUAACAAUGGCGGUGGGAGCAUCCCCUCGGUCAACCCUACCGAACCUGUGCCCGUGUCUCGUGCCGGCGGUACUCUCCAGCCCACUGCUGCAGCUCAGUCUCAUCAGCGGGACGAAGGCGCUACCCGGGCCUUUUCCGAUGUCACCAUCAGGGCACCAAACAACAAGUGUCUCUUUAUCGACCCGACCGCUGGCGACUUUCGACAGAAUUUGAUUCCUGUCUCGCUUGUGGACUGUACAGGUAGCCCGAACGAGAAGUUUGAUGUUAUUACCGCUGGUAAACAUAACAACAACCGGGAACUUGCUGCUUUGAUCGUGAGCACUCUGACCCAGGGCUGUAUCAGUGUUGAUCUCAGACGCCAGCCAGGGGACACCGUCACUCUGUUCUCAUGCGGCGGACGUGCUGAUGGUGAGGGAGAAACCGAUGGUGCUCAGUUGUUUCCUUUCCUUGGGCAGACAAGCUUUGCCUUGGCACCACAAAACGAAAGGAAUCAGACUUGCGUCGUGCCUGGAAACGAGAGACUCGAAACCGGACCAUGCGCUACUGAUGGAUCUGAAUUGUUCUCGAUCUUCGAGUAA